GAAAGAAGCCGCCUCUCCCCGCCGCUCACUUCUCAUAGGCUGAGAGGAGACACAACUUCAUGUUGUCCCGGGCAGAAAGUCUCCGAGUGCAGGGACCGCGCCGCUGACCGCCGCUCCCGGGGGACCUUCUUACCUUGCUUAGGACCGGAUGGAUUAUGGGAUGCUGACCAUGACUCAGAUAGCUGAUCAGCUUCCCUGGAUUUCGCUGACGACACAGGAAAGCUUCGCCUGAAGAUGGAAACACUGGAGUCGGAACUGACCUGCCCUAUCUGUCUGGAGCUGUUUGAAGACCCACUGCUGCUGCCUUGCGCUCACAGCCUCUGUUUCAACUGUGCGCAUCGCAUUCUGGUCUCCCACUGUGCCAACAACGAAUCCGUAGAAUCUAUUAACGCCUUCCAGUGCCCCACCUGCCGUUAUGUCAUCACCCUCGGUAAGCGCGGCUUAGACGGGCUCAAGAGGAACGUGACUUUGCAGAACAUCAUCGACAGAUUUCAGAAGGCAUCUGUGAGUGGGCCUAAUUCCCCUAGCGAGACACGCCGAGAGCGGACAUACGAUACGAACAACAGCAUGACUUCCAGCGAGAAAGUACUCUGCCAGUUCUGUGACCAGGACCAGGCACGGGAGGCCGUGAAGACAUGCGUGACUUGCGAAGUGUCUUAUUGUGAUGACUGCCUAAAGGCAACUCACCCAAAUAAGAAGCCGUUCACGGGACACCGUUUGAUUGAACCUAUCCCUGACUCGCAUAUUAGAGGGUUAAUGUGUCUGGAACAUGAGGAUGAGAAAGUUAAUAUGUAUUGUGUGACGGAUGACCAGCUAAUAUGUGCCUUGUGUAAAUUGGUUGGGCGGCAUCGGGAUCAUCAGGUUGCUGCUCUAGGUGACCGAUACGACAAGUUGAAGCAAAGCUUGGAAACCAACCUCACCAGCCUCAUCAAAAGGAACACCGAGAUGGAAAUGCUGUUAGCCAAGCUUAUUCAGACGUGUCAGCAUGUUGAGCUUGCAUUUAAGGUUUAUUUCCUAGGUGAAGAUCUCACAAGUAGCAUACUAUACCGUACAUUGAUGGAUAAAUGUGUGGCCCAGAUUAAACCUUGUGUGGCAGGAAUUUUUGUUCUCAAGUGGCAUGCUGGGGAACAGCCACUACCUAAAUAUGAAGGAUUUGCAAGGAUUUGUCCAACCUGUUCUAAUUUGAUUGAAAACUUCUUGAUCAAACCAAAUCCUAAAAUACCAUUUACCUUAGCCAACACAUAA